AAACGUGCAAUCGCAAGAGUUGUGGUAGCUUUCGGGAAGAGUGUGUAGACGUGGAAGGCGGCGACUCCUUCUGCAGAUGCUUCAAUGGAUACAGUGGGAAGCCUGGAGCAUGUGUUGAAAACUGCGAUUACAAGACGUGUGGCGAACGGGAACGAUGUGUUCCCCAUGAAGACGGUGCCGCCUGUGAAUGCAUUGCGGGAGCCAUCAGGGUCGAGGGUUCUUGUGUCGAGCCAUGCACUGUGAACAACUGUGGAGAGAACUCCUUCUGUUACAAGAAUGCAGCAGCGGAGAAUACGUGUGCUUGUAACGAUGGUUACACGAUGACUCCCUUGGGCUGCAAGGAGCCAUGCACUGUGAACAAAUGUGGAGCGAAUGCCUUCUGUUACAAGAAUGCAGGAAGGAAUGAAACAUGUGGUUGCAACGAUGGAUUCACCAUGACUUCCAAUGGUCGCUGCAUCGAUGUGUGCGAUCUCUGUGGCCCCAAUGCUACAUGUGAGAUGGGCCUUCAAAGUGGAGCCAAAACCUGCCGUUGCAACAAUGGUUACUACAUGCUACCGAAUAACACCUGUGCCGCAACAUGCAUCAUCACGGGCUGUGCCAUUGGUUCUAGCUGCGUUGGAGACGUUAUUGAAGACAUGUAUUGCGCCGAGAACUGUUAUCUCAAGGGAUGCCACGACACGGCCAUGUGUGUCAAGGACCCUGCAUCUGGAAAGGCAUCUUGCCAGUGCAGCACAGGCUUGAUCAUGCAAUCUGACGGCACUUGCCAAGUGUGUGGCACCGACAGUGACUGCCCAAUGCACGCCUAUUGCAGCGGCGGUGUGGAGUGCGUUUGCCAACCCGACUACCCAUGGAACGGCACUCAUUGCACUGACCCCUGCGACGGUGUGAAGUGCCGUCCCAAUGCUUACUGCAACUACGGUCAAUGCGAUUGCAACCCCGACUACUACAUGCUAUCAAAUGGCACUUGCACUG